UCGCAUUCUGCCUCUACUUCCCCCCUCCCCCGCGGCCUGGCUUGAGAUGAGUGGAAGAUGUCGGUUUCGGGGCUGAAGGCCGAAUUGAAGUUUUUGGAGUCAAUUUUUGACCCAAAUCACGAACGAUUCAGAAUCAUUGACUGGAAGCCUGAUGAGCUUAGUUGUCAGUUCAAUGUAACAGGGGAAAAGCUGCUGAUAAUACACUGCAACAUCACGGAGUCUUAUCCCUCAACAUCCCCGAUAUGGUUCGUUGACUCUGAUGAUCCAAGUCUUGCAGAAGUGUUGGAGCGCUUGGAGGAUGUAAGGAAAGGCAGCUCUUUGCUCCUUCAGCAGCUUAAGCGACUCAUAUGUGACCUCUGUCGCCUCUACAACCUGCCUCAACAUCCUGAUGUAGAGAUGCUUGAUCAGCCCCUACCAGCCGGGCCCAUCAACCCAGAGCGCAAGCACGGGCCGGCAGAUGAGGUGACAUCUGAAGAGGAGGAGGAAGAAGAGAUGGGAGAGCAGGACAUCGAGGAUCUCGACCAUUAUGAGAUGAAAGAGGAGGAGCCUGUAGAUGGGAAGAAGUCAGAGGAUGAUGGAAUAGAGAAGGAAAACCUGGCCAUCUUGGAGAAGAUUCGUAAAAACCAGAGGCAGGACCACUUGAACGUAAGUGCUCAUUCGGGUGCUGUCUCUGGUUCAGUCCAAGCAUCUGAUCGUCUUAUGAAGGAACUCCGGGAGAUCUACAGAUCACAGAGUUAUAAGACAGGUAUUUAUUCAGUGGAACUAGUCAGUGACAGCCUAUAUGAGUGGCAUGUCAAAAUAAGGACGGUAGACCCAGACAGUCCCCUGCAUAGUGACUUGCUGGUCUUAAAAGAGAAGGAAGGCGUGGACUACAUUCUACUAAAUUUCGCAUAUAAAGAUAAUUUUCCUUUUGAUCCACCUUUUGUACGAGUAGUUUCACCUGUGCUCUCUGGAGGUUAUGUCCUUGGUGGAGGAGCCCUGUGUAUGGAACUGCUCACAAAACAGGGAUGGAGCAGUGCCUAUUCCAUAGAGUCUGUUAUCAUGCAGAUUAAUGCUACCCUAGUCAAAGGAAAAGCCAGAGUGCAGUUUGGAGCCAAUAAGAAUCAGUACAAUCUUGCAAGAGCACAACAGUCAUACAAAUCCCUUGUGCAGAUUCAUGAAAAGAAUGGCUGGUACACACCUCCUAAAGAGGAUGGAUAAGAAGCCAGUGGGAACAUGUCUUUGGGUCAAACGUUUUUCUUUUUUUUUUUUGUGAACUUUUUUUUUUCUCUUUCUUUUGACUAACUGGGAGUAUAUCAUCGUACUCAUGGAAACCUUCUGACAAAUCCUUCCAUCUUGUUGACUCGGUAGACUCAUUUGGCUGUACCACUGUGGGAAAGAGACUCCUCCCUCGCUUUGCUUUCCCCCUCGAAUUCAUCAAGGUGAAGGAGCUGAACAUCAGUGGUCAUACAUCUUUAAAUAUGCUCAUUUUUUCUCAAAAGCUUUCCCCCCUUAAAUUGCGAAGAAACCGCAUGUCUGCGUGAAAAAGUGGGCUCAACCAUCCGCAAAGUGAGUAGCUAUCUGACACCAGAUGGGGCAAAGUCAAAGAGAAACUGGUUUGUAUCCUCAUCCUCAUUUUAGUUCAAGCUGCCAGCUCUUACAGUCAAGGCAAUGGAUUUUAACAAAAGCUUUUGUGAAAUCAUUUAAAUUGGAAGAUGGAUACUGAAGAUGUUUAAGUGAUGUGCCACUGCUAUAAAUUCUAUUGAUGGCUUAUUUUGUGUAAAAUGUACUGGUACAAAUUGCAGACAUUGUAAAACAUAUUGUACUCUGAAAAUGAUACUUGCUGGAUUUAUGAUCCUUGUAUAAGAAUGUUACUGAAAGGUGAGAGCGCAGGGGUGGUCUUGGAAAUUUGAUUGGAUAGCACAGUCCCUAUAUUCUAGCACUGUCUUGUAGCACGAGGCCAUUAACCCAAUUACCACAAGACAAAUGUUUGUGAAAGUAAAGCUUAAUCCUUGCAAUGCAUUAUUUUGAGACUGAGCUGCACACAGCAUUUGUGAAUGGAUUCACCUGUCUAAAAUGUAACUUUUGGCAGUAGUGAUGCGCUGAUCCAGAAUGUAGUUAUUCUAUGCCAGGGUUUUCCAAUCCUGGUCCUCGAGGGCCGCUGUCCUGCAUGUUUUAGAUGUUUCCCUACUCCAGCACACCUGAUUCAAAUGAAUGGGUCGUUACCCGGCUUCCACAGAGCUUUAUAACGAUCCAUUCAUUUGAAACAGGUGUGCUGGAGUAGGGAAACAUCUAAAAUAUGCAGGACAGCGGCCCUCGAGGACCAGGAUUGGAGAACCCUGGUCUAUGCCAUAAGAGCAAAACAUGGGUCUGUAAAAUAAUUUUGAGAGUAUUUUGACCUCCCCUGUUAUUGUUUGAUCUCCUAGAUAACUUGUAUAAUGGUUAAUGUAUUGCCUUUUCUCCAUGAACAUGCAGGUUUGGUUGUACAAUUAAACAGCUAAGCCAUGGUUCACUGGUUAGCUAGUUGUAACACAAAGGAGCCUUACAGUACAGUUAUUUGUGGUAUUGGUGGAUCUGUACAGUUUAUUCUACAUUCUUGCAGCAGAAUUGUUACACAUUCUCAGUCUUAAAGGUAAUUAUGGUAGCCCCCCCCCCUUAACACACUUGCAACUUUAUUCUGUCAAGGAUUUCAAAGCACCCGUUUAGCCUGUGUGGCCGAUGAGUAAAAUAGUGUAAUUGAGUAUUAAGAAUGAACAGAGCAGGGCUUUUUCCCUUUCCCAAGGAUAUGUUAUGAUGACUCGUUUGGUGUGUAUUAUAUUGGAAAUGAUCACUGUACUUGCUCUUAACAGACAUUUAGGAUGCCCUUACUAUUCAGUUAUUUUCUUGACAUAAAAUAUACACAACUUCAGUGCUAUAUAGUUUUCAUGGUAAUAGAAAAUAGACUGUUGUUCUAUGAGGUCUUUGUGCAGUUGUUGUUGUUUUUUUUUUUACCACUUUCUGAAGAUGUGGUGUUUAACUAGCAAAACUCAGGUUAACAAACUGUAUGCUUUGCAAGGGAUUGACUCAUGAACACUGCAUUUCGGUUUAUUACCUUGUAAUACUUUGCGUUUCUCCUUUCCUAUUUACUCAAUUUUCAACGACGACCUUCUUUGUUAAGAGCUUCAUAAUGUGGCUUUGUCCCUGUUGAUUUUAUGUCAUGCGUGGUCAGAAAAGAGUGAGUUUUGUAAUUUGUAGGUCAGAUUACACAAUUUUACAGGGCCAAUUUGCAUGAUGUCGACCCAAUGCUUUGGCUUCUAUCAAAACUAAAGUUAGCAAUUUCAUCCUCAGACAGAACUAACGUUGUUGUUUUUUUUGUAGGGAUGGUUAAUGUCCCUCAUUUGACGGGAAUGGCAUUUGCACAAAUUGAAAAACGUGCCUAGAGAGGUCAACAUAAUAACACAAAUCAAGUUUGGAAUGUCAGACUUCCAUAUAAAAAAUAUUUCUAUGUUUGGGCAAACUGUUCUGUAAUUCUGUAUUGUAUAAAUUGUGUAAAAUGUUUGACUCGUACAGGUUCUGCAGUUUGUCGGGCCAACAAAGGGGGGGAGGGGUUAAAUCUCAUGAACAUUUGCCAACAGGUGUGCUCAUCUCCAAAGCCUUGUCCAGUUACUGCCUGGAAUAGAAGACUGGUAAACCAUGAUCCGUUCAGGGUGUAAUUACAAACAAACUAGUGGAAGCUGUUGACACAGCCAUGUAACAAUUUCUCACUUAACCAGCAGUCAAGUCAGUGGGGGUGGGUUUAAGAGAUCAUCCAGUUUUGAUAGUCUUGCUGUGGUGAAUAGAUUUGCACGCUUCUCUAACUGGACAGUGUAUUGAAAAAGUUAAUCUAUCCCAAUUGUAAUUUCUGUUCCUGGCACCAACAUAUGGUGAACAGAUUAUCAAGUUUUGCACCAUUGGCAUGCUUUGGUUUUAUUUUUCUUUCCAUUUUAAGAUACAUUUUGAACAUGUACAGCAAUUAGUAAACUUGCAUCAAGUUUAUGAAUAAAGAAUUUUAAGAUUU